AUGAUCUGUAAGAACGGCGUUCCAGUGCGAAAUGCACCAAACCUUCACGAGGCUGGUAGGUUCGGACAAGACAGAGAUCACUUAAGUUUAUUUAUAGGAGUUCUGCGACAAAUGUAAACCGAAGUAUAGAGGUUAUUUUUUUUGGCAAUUCCGCCGUCUGAAAUGAAGGACAUUUUCAUGAAGUCGCGGAUUUUGUUUCACAAUGAACACUACCUUCCUACUUUUUGAACUGUGUUUUUUAGUUUGAUCAUGACUCUGGUCACAGAUCAAACAGACCCUUCCACAGAUCAGUGUUCGUAGACAAUAACUGUUUUAUAAGUACAACAAUUUUGCUUCCUUUUAGUUCAUCUGCGGUUAAACUUCGAAUUUAAUUAGCUGAAAUAAUUUUCUGCUUAUAUUUUGGUUCCUCUGUCUGAGUUCUAGUGAAAAUCUCAACGAAUGGGAUUUCUUCACGAAAUCUGGUUGACCUUUUCAAUUUUGAAUAGUAUUUUUCACUCUUUUCUUGGAUAGUAAGCUUAUGAUUCUGAACUUCUUUUUUCAGCAUUCUCAGGUGACACACGAGAGGCGUCCCAAGCCCUUGAUAAUGGACAGGUUUGAAAUUUACAAUUUAAAUUUUGGUGGUUUAAACACCAUUGAAUUACUAAUAAAUACGCGCGAUCAGAACAUAACACUAUUUCAUGGAGGUGGGUUUAAAAUAGUUAAUUGCGAAGUAAUGAAGGAAAUUGAGUCAUUACUUGAACAUUAGAAAUAGCAUGAAUAAGUGAUAAAAUCCACACUAAGAAAAAUUAUUAAUUUAAGGAGAAUUAAGUGCUAGUACAUAGCACGUACGGUACAUCCAAGAAGUUGAAGUUAUUGGUCGACUGAAGUGUUGGGUAUUUUUGGAGGGGGAAAAUACAGAAAAAUCUUCUGAGAAAGGAAGAGAAACAACAAAUGGAAAAUUCAUUAUCCAAGUUAUCAUCCAACACUCACCAUAGUUAGCUUCUAGGUCUUGUAGUUUCUCAAAUGUCUCGGUAGAAUUGCCAGCCAUUAAAAGUUGUUUCUUAUUAGCUGCGUCAAUUUCAUCGGAGGUUAGGGUGUCCUCUAAACAUUGAACAGCAGAACUACAUUAUUCCUUGGUUGCGGAACUAUCAACAAAUCUACAGUGGAUGGAUAAUAAUAUAAACAAACAAUUCCAUGGAAACUGAUUUGUAGCCUUUGAUAAAAUUUUGUUCCUUCCUCUUCUUAGUGGGGCUAAUUGAGAUGACAGACAAUAAUCUACAGCUGUAGUUCUUGUGGAAGUAGUUUUAGAAAUAGAUUUUAUGCUAUGACUGGGGUUCUUUAAAGUUAGAGGGGCUUUGAACAAAGGAAACCUCAGUAGUAGCUUGGUAAUAGUAGUUAUAGCAGUUGUAACUUGGUAUCCUCCCUGUGCUCAAUAAAUGUAAAUACCAUUACCAUUGUAUUUCGUCUUAUGGACUUUUAAGUGAGAAACGCUAUUUCUGAAGAAACAGAAGAGGGCUUAAUUUCAUAAUCUACAAGGAAUGAAACAUUUUUUAGGGUUUUAAUUUUAAACCAGUGCCAUGGAAAGAUACUUUAAAUUAAAAUUCUUGGAAUUAAGGAUUUAAAUUAACUCAGAUUCAUUUUCAUCCCACUUCAAAAUUGUUCAAUUAUGACAAAGGAGGCUGGAAUUAAGGAGUAAAGGAGAUAAGUUUCUAAAGAAACUGCAGUGCUGCAUCAGUAGAGGAAUUUAACCCUUUAACUCCCAAGAUCUGAUCGUUAAUUCUCUCCUGUAGCUUCUACACAUUUCCUUGUAAAUUAGUUAUGAGAACUUGGUGCUAGAUCAAGAUAGCAACCUCAACCAGAUAAAUUUGAAUAUUUUCAUUAUCUGAUUGCUGAAGAAUGUAUGGAUAUUGUAGGGAGAAGUUUUAUGUUAAUCACUUCUGGGGGCUAAAGGGUUAACUAGGUAAGUUGGUAUUAUCAAUGAAGUUGAUAAGGUAGAUAAGUCACUAUUAAGAGUUUCAAAGCCGAUGUUUCAAGCAUUAGCCCUUCAUCAGAGCAACUGGAAUUAAGGUUUGGAAGGGGUAUUGAAGGCCACGCGUUUCUUUGUUUUGUCUGAAGUUAAAUUUUAUUGCUGUAUGGUAACUUGUAACAUUUAUUUCAGAGUCCAAAAGAGUUUGAUGAAUCUGGCUCCACAGCAGUGCAUAAGGCUGCUGCAAAUGGACAUCUGGAAGUUCUUAAACUGCUAAUUCAACAUGGUGGAGAUAUUGAAUUGCCUGACAUAUCUGGUUGCAUGCCACUACAUGUCGCAGCUAGAAAUGGCCAUCUGACCUGUGUGAAGUACUUAGUUUUGCAAGGGGCAGACUUCAGAUUGAAAUCAAAGAAAGGAAACACAGCAAUGGCUAUGGCCAAAGCCAACAGUCAGCAGAAAGUUGCAGAGUAUUUGUCAAACUGUGGUAAGAUAAUCCUCCCAGUAAAUUGAAAUAUUCUUGCAAGGUUGUGAAUUGUUUUAAUUUAACAUUUAAUUUUUCUCAAUCUUCAAUGUGAUUGUGGAAGGAUCAAAACAGUCUUGGAAGCUUGUUUUGUUCUGACCCUGUCACCACUUUUCUAGAUUUCAAAGUUCCAAUUUUGUUUUGUACAUGUACUAUCCUGUUGGGAAAAAUUCCCUCCCCUACAACUGUUUUUCUAAACAUCUCAUUCUUCCCAAUCGUCUAUUUAAUUAUUUUAUUUAUAUACUAUUUCAUUUACCUUUCUUUAAGAGGUUUUAAUUUCAAUUUUUUAUUUAUUUUAUUUUUUUGUGUGUUUUUGGCCAAUUAGAGUAACUAUGUUAAAAUGAGAGAUUCCUUGUGAAAUGUUAUUCACUACACAAAAUCCAGAGUAAGCAAUUGCUAUCCAUUAUACUUAACCAAUCCACUGCACAGACCUCAUUUGUAAUUCUCCCUUCUCUCUGCUGUACAAUUCUCAUUGUGAUUGUUACAAGAAUUUGGUGAUGGAUCAACUAAUAAUUCCUUAUUGACAUUUCUCUUUAUUCUCAUCACUUGUCUGCUUGAUAUUCUAUUGAUGUUGUAAGAAGAAAUUCUGUCUUGGCCACUUAUGGAAGUUUAAGGGUCAAUAACAAACAUUCUUGCUGUAUGACCAUCAAUAGCUGCACCUCUCCUAUUGGUCAAAUGGAAUAAUGUUCUUCACAUCAGUAGCCAUUAUUGUAGUGUUUAUGAUAAAAUUAUGAUGGUCUGUUUCUUUCAUUUUGACAGACAGGGAAAAGUUUGCUUGGGAGGUUGUAUAAGAAUCCAAGUAGUCGUGGACUUAAGGCUGUCUGGAUGUAACAUAAUAUGUAUUUAAUAAUAUGUGUUUAACAAAGUAACAGGAAAUAUUAUAAAUUGUUAAUGAGGAUUACUUGAAUGUAUUAAUAAUAAAGAUA